UUUUAAUCGGCCGAAAAUCGUAGAAAUUCGCGUCGGAGUGGGUUUAUCCGUGUUGCACUGUGUACAGCGCACGUCGUGGACGGUAACAGCAGCAGCUCAGAAUGAAGGUGAAAGAGUUACAGAAGAUGGUGAACGUGGCGUGGUCACCGGCGAACCAAUGCCCGAUAAUGCUGGCUGCCGGUACGGCGGCCCAGCAGCUCGACGCCUCAUUCAGCACCUCCGCCUCGCUGGAGCUGUAUUCGAUCAAUCUGGCCGACCCGAGCUACGACCUGGAGCUGAAAGGAACGCAAUCGAGCCCGCACCGUUUUCACAAGCUCAUAUGGUCUCCGUUGGCCAGUGGAGCCGCUGAACAGAGUGCUUCCCCGAGCGGACUCAUUACCGGGGGCUGCGAAAGUGGUGUGCUGCAGGUGUAUAACGUGGCACAACUGAUGGCCGGCCAGAACGCGCUGGUCGCGCAACAGGACAAACAUCAGGGAGCGGUCCGCAGCCUGGACUACAAUCCGUUCCAGCACAAUCUCGUGGCCAGUGGGGCUUCGGAGUCGGAAAUAUUCAUCUGGGAUCUCAACAACACGGCCGUCCCGAUGAGCCCCGGUGCGAAAGUGACACCGUGCGAGGACGUACAGGGGUUGGCGUGGAACCGCCAGGUGCAGCACAUUCUGGCCUCUGUGUUUCCUUCGCGCUGCGUGAUCUGGGAUCUGCGCAAGAACGAACCGAUCAUCAAACUGAGUGACACGCAGUCCCGCAUUCGCUGGCGGGUGGCCCAGUGGCACCCCGAAGUGGCCACGCAGCUGUGGCUGGCCAGCGAGGAAGACCAGUCGCCAACGGUGCAACUGUGGGAUCUCCGGUAUGCAACGGCACCGGCCAAAACAUUCCACAUCCACCAGCGUGGUAUGCUCGGUUUAACCUGGUGCCCGAAGGAUCACGAUCUGGUGGCCUCGUGCGGGAAGGACAAUCGGAUCAUCUGCUGGAACCAAAACACGGAGGACCCGAACGGGGAGAUUUUGUCCGAACUGGCCACCACCAAUCAGUGGAACUUUGAUGUCGCUUGGUGCCCCGGAAAUCCGGCCCUCAUCGCGGGUUCGAGCUUCGAUGGGAAUGUAACGAUCUACUCGAUCCACGGCGGUGUCCAUCAGCAGGUGCAGACGAGCAACAAGAUUGCCGACUCGUUCCCCGGUAUGGAGCAUAUUGGACACGAGCCAACUCAGCAGGUGUCCGGCCAGCAGUCGCAAACUGUGUCCAACGAUCUGAAAAGGCCACCGCGUUGGAUGCGCCGACCGGCGGGAGUUUGUUUCGGGUUCGGUGGCAAGCUGGUCACCUUUAACGGCACGAGUCGCACCGUGACGGUGAACCAGGUGGUCACGGAUGCGGAACUGGUGGAGCGCUCCAACCACCUCGAGCAGGCACUGGCCGAGGGAAACUUUGUCGACUACUGUCGGCAAAAGGCGGAUCAAGCGAACGAUCAGCAUUCGCGGUUCCUGUGGUACUUCUUGAAGGCGAAUUUCGAGGACGAUCCUCACUCCGAGAUGCUCAAUCUGUUGGGAUACGAAACGAGUGACAUUACAGCGAAGUUUAAGAAAUACGUCGUCGAAUCGGUGAAAGGCGAGGAGGCGAAUCCCGUCGACGGACUCAGCGACCAGAUGGCCGGGCUAACUCGGAUCACGGAUAAUAAUGCGGUGUUCGAUGCGAUCGCGGCCAGUGGCAAACAGUUGAACGGCACCGAGGAAUCCCAGCAGCGCAAUGACCGGGAAGGCGCGGAACAAGUUUCGUACAAAAUACGUACCGGCCAGGAUAAGGAGGGGCUGAUCUGUGAGGCUCUGUUGACGGGUAACCUGGAGGCAGCGGUCGAACUUUGUAUGCAGACGGGCAAAACGAGCGAAGCCCUCAUAUUGGCCAUGAACGGUGGUUCCGAUCUGUUGGCCAAAGUGCAGUACCGGUAUCUGCGGAGCAGCGAGAACUACCUGUCGAACAUUAUCUCCGCCCUCGUGACGUCCGAUUGGACCGGAGUCGUUACGCAGUGUACGAUCGACUCGUGGAAGGAAGCGCUGGUGGCGGCCAUAACGCACUGCAAGCAUCAGUUGCCGCUGCUCUGCGAGCAGCUUGGCCAACGGUUGCAGUUCGAAACGGGUAGCAACCUCGAGCUGGCCCGCAAUGCUAUUCUGUGCUACAUUUGUGCCGGAAGCACCGAACGGUUAGUGGAAGCGUGGAAUCUGGCGAAAGGUGACUCCACCGGUGAGGAGGAACUAGACAAGAACAACAACUGUAACCGCGACCUGCAGGAAUUGGUCGAGGUGGCGAUGCUGCUGCAGAAGGCGCUCGAGAAGCAAGGUCGCGCGGUGCAGGCCACCGGUAAGCUGGCCGAACUAUUGUCGCAGUACGCGAGGCUGCUGGCGGCCCAAGGAUCGCUUCCAUCGGCCCUUACCUACGUCGGUAGCUCGACCGAUCCGGAGCUGGCCGAGUUGCGAGAACGGUUGUACUUCGCACUUGGCCACAAGAGCCAAGCGGGACCGAUGGCGACGGGCGCUGGUCGAAUGCGCCCCGAACAACCACCCUACAAUCCGAUGUUCCCGACGAUCGGGCAGGCCGCCAAGAUGAAGGCAUACCAGCAACAGCAACCGGUGGCGCCAGCGGCAGUUCCGCCAACUUUGGCGCCCUCGACACAGCCAGCAUGGAACACUGCUCCCUUCCAACCGCCACCAGUUGGCCAAUCGAUGGCACCGCCGGUGAACGCUGCUCCACCACUGACCUCGAAACCACCGGUCGGACCGCCACCUCCUGCCAGUAACGAUCCUUCGCAACCACCACGUCCAUCGAGCGUCAGUUCACAGUCGGCAGGAACGGCUCCCCUGAGCCGGUCAAAAUACGUCCUCGAUCCAUCGGUGACAUCCGGCCCAACGUAUGGGCAGCAGAACGCGAACUUCUAUAACCCGCUGUCAUACCAGCAACCGGGCACAGCUCCUGGCUCCUUCAACGCUGGUCCGAUCGUUAGCCAACCUUCUAGCUUCUACAACCCUUCGCAACAGCCACCCGUACCAGCAGCCGCCGGUCAACCGCCGCAAUCGAACAACUUUAAACCGUUCACUCCGGCCCCACUGGUCCCGUCGAGUUCGUUCAUGCCACCGUUGGAUGGUUCGCAGCAGCAACCGCAGCAGCAUAACGCCAACUACGGCUACCCACCCCAAACCGCGCUGGCACCCCCGCCAAUGGGUGGCAACUUCCAGAGGAACCCGACGCCACCGCCGGGCUGGAAUGAUCCGCCAGCACUGAAGGGACCCAGUCGACCGCAACCAAAGGCCGAACCGAGCAUGGUGGCACCGAUCGUGUCGCCCCUUCCGGCAGGUUUGGCACCCUCGAACGGGUACCCGGACCCGAACAGUAACUACAUGCAGGGCGCUGUCGCUGCUCCGACGUAUAUGACACCGCAACCCGUUCCCGGUGGCAUGUUCAAUCCGGCCACUGCCUCCGCAUCGGGCGCUCCGAUCCACUAUCAAAACUUCCAGCAGAAUCCGAUGGGCGGUGGCUAUCAGCAGCAGGGGGCACCACCGACCGGUGGCGUGUAUUAUCCUGGCCAAACGCAAUCGGAUGCAUUCCAGGCUCCUCCGCAGGCAGCGCCGCCGGUCGUCCCUGAGCCACCGAAAGCGAAGGCACCGCUUCCGGAGCAGUACGUGUUCAUGCAGACCGUGUUCGAGGAGCUAAAGAGACAGUGCGUGGAAGCGGCUGGCAACCCGCAAACGAAGCGAAAGUUGGAGGAUGUCUCGAAGCGGUUGGAGUCGCUGUACGAUUUGCUGCGGGAGAAUAGGCUGUCGCAGAAUACGCUGAACUCGUUGAGCCAACUGGUGGGACUGAUUCAGGCCGGUGACUACGCCAACGGUAUUGGCCUUCACACGCAGAUGGUGUCGGGGCCGGAUUUCGCCCAGAUUGCGAGCUUUAUGCCCGGCAUUAAGGUUCUGCUGCAGUCGGCGAUGCAGCUGCAGGUGUACCUACGAUAAGCGACCGUAUGAGUGGCCGUGCGCCACCGAGAGGGCAUUUCAUAGUACUAUCCCUUGGCCAGGUAUUCGGAGCAGAGUAUCGAAGACACUCCUCGGUACAUGCUGUCCCACGCGGGUUUGCGGGAGCGCAUGCGUGAUCGACGGGAGUGCUCACUUCACAGCAGCGUAUGGUUAUUAUAAUUUUUUUGAUAAUAAAUAAAACUAUAUCUAUUUACACACUAGCAUAGCCCACGAUCAAGCAGGCAAACGAAUAGACAUCGUGGA